AUGUUUCGAUAUCUUUUUAACCGAUUGGCCAGCGAAAAACUCAUUGAAUAUCUAUCGGAAACGUACGUUAUAAAACGAGCAGCACAAAUGACCGUUGCCGCAUAUUAUAAAAUUUCUGGUGAAAAGCGAUUUAGUAAUCUUUUUCAACCGGGAAAAUUUCUAAAUUCAUUUAAGGGACACUUGAAAAAGGAAAUCGAGGAUGUGCAACGUGAAGUUAGGAAAAAACAAAAGUAGUUUCACAUCGGUGUCAAUUUUUAUUUAGAAUUAACUUGAAUUAAAAGCAUUUUUCCAAAUAAAUUGAAUAAAUAUUAUCUACUUGCGACCAUUGUAUAA